AUGCGUAUGGAAAGUAAAGAACGCUUACAAGGGUCAGAGGCUAUAAUGUGCACUCCGGAACGGACGUCUUUCUCUAUCAGUAGUAUCAUCAAAAUGGACGACGAUGAAACUAUCGUCCGUAACCGAACCAUAGGCAUGAACUCUCCCAGCGACUUCAUUCACAAUCAAAACUCGUUUGAUCAGCUAGUUGCAGAUAAAGAUGGCAUCCACCGGCCGUGUGAGAAAGACGAGUUACAGAAACCGGGAAAGAGUUACGAAGGUAAGAACAAUAGUAAGGAUGAGAAGGAACAGAAUAAACCUAAGUACGAAAAGCCACCGUUCAGCUAUAACGCACUCAUCAUGAUGGCGAUUCGUCAAAGUCCUGAAAAGCGCCUGACCCUUAACGGCAUCUAUGAGUUCAUCAUGAAAACUUUUCCCUAUUACAAAGAGAACAAGCAGGGAUGGCAGAACUCUAUUCGGCACAACCUAUCCUUAAACAAAUGUUUCGUGAAAGUACCCCGCCACUAUGAUGACCCAGGUAAGGGUAAUUACUGGAUGCUCGACCCGUCCAGUGAUGACGUGUUUAUUGGUAGCACCACGGGUAAGUUACGGCGGCGAUCCACAGUGUCUUCACGAAACAGGCUGGCUACCUUCAAACUCACUUUCAGUGAGGCUUUUCCAGCGCUUCCUCGAGUACUGACCGUUGGACAAGGUCAUGGAAUGGACAAGCAUUUAGGUUGGCCUUCUCAUCCCUACCCUUCCUUACAAACAAUGUUUAAGUGCCCAGCAGCUUACUUUAGUCUUGUUAAUGGCCCGAUGGCUCUGCCUGAGCCAGGUCACUUUCACCCUAUGGACGGAUUAUUAGGGACAACUGAGACCAGCUCAUCGGGCGGUGCUCGUCAACCGUUGGGCCUAAGAUCUGGAAUGGCCGCCCCUUGCACAAUUGGCUCCUGUGCCUCCCUAGCGCUCAACUCGAGAGUGUGUUGCGGUAAUCUUCUGUCGUGUGUGAAUCAUCAUCCCACUCACUUCAAGGUUGCCAACAGUAACUUUGAGUCGGGACUCCAAGCUUUGCAGUUAACGUUAGCGGGGCGGCUGCAGUUAUUACACACCCACCCUCGAGUCAGCUUGCCGCAGACACCAGACAGUAAUGCCCGUAGGAAGUCUACUAUUUACAAGCCCAUACCAAUUCUAUCAAGGCAGAGGUAA